CUUGUGUAUGUCGCUGUGUGCUCCGUUUUAGGGAAAGCGUGGGUGAGCUCUGCAGCCAUGCCAUGGUGAGCGACAGGUAGCUGUCCCCAGAGGAGGAGUGACCGGCCAUGGUGUGCUUUAAAUCAAGUUCGAACAAAUCCUGCAGCAUUUUGAAAAAUAGCUGUUAGAAGAAUAUUGUAUUGGCUUUGAAGAGAAGCUGGUGCCAGUGGUUUUGUGUGCUGUGCUGCAAGGACUGCUUCAGGGAGCUGAGCAGAGAACAUGGGUGAGCUGGAAACCCAUGAUAUGAAAGUGGUGACCUAUGAUGAUGUGCAUGUUGACUUCACUUGGGAAGAGUGGACUUUGCUGGAGCCUUCCCAGAAAAAUCUCUACAAAGAUGUGAUGCUGGAAACCUACAGAAACCUCACUACUGUAGGAUACAGUUGGGAAGACCAUAGUAUUGAAGAACAUUGUCAAAGUUCUAGAAGACAUGAAAGGUGUGAAAGAAGUCAACCUGGAGAGAAACCUUCCUUAUAUACUCAAUGUGGUAAAGCUUUUGCAUAUGAGAGUCAUCUUCAAAGGCAUGAAAGAACACAUACUGGAGGGAAACUCUUUGAGUGUAAUCAGUGUUGUAGCACCUUUGCUUGUCACAAUCAUCUUCAAAUACAUAAAAGAACACCUACUGGAGAGAAAACCUAUGAAUGCACUCAAUGUGGUAAAGCCUUUGCACGACACAGUCAACUUCAAAGGCACAAAAGAACACAUACUAGAGAGAAACCCUAUGAAUGCAAUCAAUGUAGUAAAGCCUUUGCAUAUUAUAGUCAUCUUCAAAGGCAUAAAAGAACACAUACUGGAGAGAAACCCUAUGAAUGUAAUCAAUGUGGUAAAGCCUUUGCAGAUCACAGUUCUCUCCAAAUUCAUAAAAUAAACCAUACUGGAGAGAAACCCUAUGAAUGUAUUGAGUGUGGUAAAGCCUUUGCAUAUUACAGUCAUCUUCAAAGCCAUAAAAGAACACAUACUGGAGAGAAACCCUAUGUAUGUAAUCAAUGUGGUAAAGCCUUUGCAUUUCAUGGUGAUCUUCAACUGCAUAAAAGGAUACAUACUGGAGAGAAACCCUAUGAAUGUAAUCAAUGUGGUAAAGCCUUUGCAUGGCACAAAAGUUUUAAAAUGCAUAAAAGAACACACACGGGAGACAAACCCUAUGAAUGCACUCAAUGUGGUAAAGCCUUUGCACAACACAGUAAUCUUCAAAGGCAUAAAAGAACACAUACUGGAGAGAAACCCUAUGAAUGCACUCAAUGUGGUAAAGCCUUUGCAUGGCAAAAAAGUCUUCAAAUGCAUAAAAGAACACACACUGGAGACAAACCCUAUGAAUAUGAAUGCACUCAAUGUGGUAAAGCCUUUGCACAACACAGUAAUCUUCAAAGGCAUAGAAGAACACAUACUGGAGAGAAACCCUAUAAAUGUACUCAAUGUGGUAAAGCCUUUGCAUGGCACAAAAGUCUUCAAAUGCAUGAAAGAACACACACUGGAGACAAACCCUAUGAAUGCACUCAAUGUGGUAAAGCCUUUUCACAACAUAGUAAUCUUCAAAGGCAUAAAAGAACACAUACUGGAGAGAAACCUUAUGAAUGCACUCAAUGUGCUAAAGCCUUUGCACGACACAGUCAUCUUCAAAGGCAUAAAAGAACACAUACAAACUUGAGAGAAGGUCUAUGAAUGUAAUCACUGUGCUAAAGCCUUUGCAUGUCACAAUGCUCUUCAAAUGCAUAAAAGAACACUUACUGGAGAGGAAACCUAUGAAUGUAAUCAGUGAAGUAAAGCUUUUUUAUGUCACAAUAAUCACUGAAACCAUGGAAGAACCCAUACUACAGAGAAACCCUAUGUAAUCAGUGUGACAAAUCCUUUACAUGUCAUAGUACUCUUCAAAUGCAUAAAAGAACACAUACUGGAGAGAAACUUUACAUGGGCAACGCUUUUUGUGUGUAAUUGGUCUGUUAAAGCCUUGGAAUAUAACAUUAGAUUUUGAGGAUCUGGAAAAACUCAUGCUGAAAGGAAUCUGAAUAUAAAGGAUUUGGUAAGAUCUUUAGCCAGCCCACUUACAUUCAGUUACACAAGAUGAUUUAUUUUGGAGAAAACAAUCUGACAAGUGUCAACAACUGGUUGAAGCAAUAUGAUGUGCCUCUUUAUUUUGUUUACACCUGCAAGCUCACAUGGACACAAGUCCUAUGAAUUUAAAUGACAAAGUAACCCUUUUAGAUUUCAUAACUCCUCAGUUACGUGAGAUAAUGAAUCCAGAUGUAAAAUUUCAUGGAUGUGUAUUAGUGCCUUUUCUGUUGCUGUGAUAAAACAUCAUAUCUAUAUUUGCUUGCAAAAGUGUUUAAUUUGUCCCCUGGUUCCAGAGCGAUGCAGAAUCCCCAUGAAAGUGGCAUGGAAACAAGUGUCAGAGAUGGCAGCUAAAGUAGAAAGCUAAAGAUUCACAUCCUUAACCUGCAGCAGAAAGCAGAAAGUGUAAAUUGGAAAUGGUGUGCACAUAUAAACUCUCAUCCCAACCUUCAGUGAAAUAUUUCUUCCAGCAGGGCAGCAUUUUCUAAAUCUUCCCAAAUGAUACCACAUACUGAGAAUGAUUUAUUUCUCUGUCUUCAAGCCUACAUGCUUGCUUUCUGUUACAUGAACCAAUUCAUGAUGGGGAAAAUGCUGUAAGCCUUCAGAUACCUCAACACCUGUGUUACAGGAAUUACAAGGGAUAAACAUUCAUAAGUGAACAUUAAUUUAAAGAUUUGUUUUAAUUUUAAUAAUGCAAUGUUACUGUGUCUUUUUGUGGGUAUGUGCAUGUGCAUUCUGGUUCCCAAACAGGUUAGACCCUUGGAGUCUUUUGUACCACAAAUUACUGGAAGUUGUCAAAAACCUGACCUUGCUCCUGGGAAUGGACUUGAAUUAAAUGCUUAGCCAUGUCUCUAGAUAUUAAUACAAUAUUAAUAUCUGUAAUAUUGUAAAUAUUCUAUAGCUUUUUUAUAUCAUCUUUAUAUCAGGAAAUAGGGAGGAACUUAAUUAUGUUUGCAUAAAUAGUUUGGUAAAGCCUUUAGACAUCACAAUUGUCUUCUGUUUCAAGAAAAAAAACUUUUUUCAUUAUAGACUUGAAGUGAAUAUAUUAUUAACCAAGUUUACUAAAGACUGAUGUGAAGAUCCUAUUGUGGCUUUUAUUUUGCAACAUUUGAGGUAGAUAUUAUAGUGUGUUCUAUGUGUGGCAAAUUCAUUUAGUGAAGUUUAUUUGUAGCCCUUAUAUUCCUUCUGUGGCUUUUAUUCUUUUUCUAUUGUGCUUUCACUUAGUGAAAGGUAUUUUUCUGCUGCACUGUAUCGAAUGGGAUGGCCAUCAUCUAAGUUGUACAUUUUUAUAUAAAUAUUAGGCAAUAUGUGGUCAUAUUUUCAAGUAAGUGUGUCUGUGAAAGGGUGGUGGGUUUUUAUUUCUGGUUUUAUUUUUCAUAUUUUUUCAAAAAUUCCCUUGAAAUGUUGUUUUUAUCCAACCUCACUUGGAUGAUAGUAAUUAAAGAUAAAAUCAAACUCA